GUGGACUUCAAUUUUUAUAUUCAGGAGUAGCGGGGAAGGGUUUUCUCUCGAUUCUCCUCACCGUUCUUUCCGAUCAAUCGCCACCUUUCCUCCCCAGAAUGAGUAGUCGUAAUCCGGAGGUUCUAUGGGCUCAGCGUUCGGAUAAGGUUUAUCUGACCGUUGCUUUACCUGAUGCCAAAGAUAUUUCUGUGAAGUGUGAACCUCAUGGGUUAUUUAGCUUCUCUGCAAAGGGGCUGCAAGGUGCAUCUUUUGACUUCAGUUUGGAACUUUUUGGGUCCAUAGUGCCUGAGGGCUGUAAAACUAAGGUUGGCUUGAGGAACAUAAUUUGCUCCGUCCAAAAAGAACAGAAAGGUUGGUGGAAACGGCUCUUGAAAACGGAAGAAAAACCUGCUCCAUACUUGAAGGUUGACUGGAACAAAUGGUGUGAUGAGGAUGAAUCAGACUCUGCUUUAACUUCUGAUGACGACCUUGCGGAUAUGGGCCUAGAUGAUGGAAGCGGCGAGGAUGGAGGAAUGCUCUAUCUCCCCGACUUGAAAAAAGUAGGAGGAAUCUAGCAACUACGUGAAGGGGAAGUUUGUAUAGAAGUAUCCUAGAACCAUUAGAUUGACCACUGAAGUUGAAUACUGUUUUUAUUCCAUGAAUUUUGUAUCAAGUCUUGACUAGUGCUUAUGAAAUUGUCUGAACUUGACAUUCUUGAUCUGCACUUACACAUUUGUCUGCCCUCUCAUUAGCUGAUCUAUUCAGAUUUUGCAGUCUCAUUGUUCGUC